AAGGAGACCGCAAACACUGCGUGCCGGCCCGCGUGUAAAGGGAGCCGCGCAGGCGCGUUGCGCACAGACAGAGAACGUCUGGCUCGCAGGUGAGAGCGGCGCGCGGCCAGAAAAGCUGACACAUCUCCGCGCUCUGUGACGCGCCGUCGCGGUGCAGAGGGAGUCCGACUGCAGCCGAACCGAGCCCUCGCUCUUCCGCUGGCAGCAGGCAGCGACCCGGCCUGACCGGCCAGGCGAGGGUCAGCACAGACAGACAGGCGCUCCAGGACAGCGGGCAGGCCGGGGGGAGAUGCCCCUGUGCCCGGGGAGCCCUCGGCCCUGGUACCCCGAGGCUGCCUGAGCCCAUGGAGUCUGUAGAGUCGAGAGAGGCAGGGGGGGAGGCCGAGGCUGGAGGCAGUGAGGACAGCCCAGCUGAGGCUGACCAUGGCUCAGAGGCCAGGCCGCAGGGCGCAGAGCCACAGCAAGACCGCCCGAGCCGAGGCCCGCCCCGGCGCCGCACACAGCCCCCCGCGACAUCCCGGGCCGAGCCCACACACUCCCACUCGCCACCUGUUGAGGGCAAGGUGAGGCGCAGUUUGGUCAUGAACCCCGAGAGACUGAAGAACGCCAAGGCGCUGGUGGACAGGGCGGUCAAGAUGAGGAAGGUGUUCUCCGUGCAGGGACCGUACCCAGUGGUCCGCGCUGCCCUGCGCGCUCGCGGUUGGGUGGAGCGCCGCUUCCCUCGAGCAGCGCCGCAGGGGGCUGCACGUCGGCAUGGCGACGAGGAGAUGGAGGAUGAUGAUGGUGACAACAGCGAUGACAACGACGACGCCAGUCCAGAGGACGGAGAGAAGGAGGAUGACCCGGAAGGGAUCUAUGACCUCAUGUCCCGGCUGGUGCGGAACGAGACGCCCUAUUUCUACUGGACGACGCGGAGGGACGCCAUCGACUGCCACUCCCUGCGCAAGGAGCAGAUGACCAAUCACUACGCGAAGGCGGGCUCGUUCACCACCAAGGUGGGGCUGUGUGUGAACCUCCGGAGCCUGCAGUGGUUUGCUUCUGCUGAUCCCGACACGUUCUUCCCGCGCUGCUACAGGCUGGGGGCGCAGGACGAGAAGCACGCUUUCACAGAGGACUUCCGGCUGACGGCCUGCUCCAGCUUGCUUCAGUGUGUGGUGGAGCGCAGUCGGGGCCAGCGUGGGGCGGAGUGUGGCGAGGGGACCCCGAGACACCCCCCUGCUCAGGAGCAGAGGAGGGCAGGUAGGCUCCGACCCCCCUCAUCCAUCAGCACCCUGAUGAUUGACAUGGCCCUGCAGGUGUGCCAGGACUUCUUGGACAGCCUGGAUCACAGUGACAUCGACAUUGCUAUGGAGAUGCCUCCGUCCGUCACCGAGCAACAGUGGGAGGAGUUCAUUCACGGCUACUACCAGGUUGUGCAUGAAGGGGCAGCGAUUGAGGGGAGUGACCAGUAUGCUGACCGCUGUGUGACUGUGCUGGAGAGGCUCAGAGAGGUCAACCCACAGCUGGACAUCGAUGGAAUCCACAACAUCUGGAUUGUGAAGCCAGGAGCCAAGUCUCGUGGGAGAGGUAUAGUGUGCAUGAAGCGGCUGGAGGAGAUCCUGAAGCUGGUGGACAGCGACCCGACCCUCAUCAAGGACAGCAAGUGGGUGGUGCAGAAGUACUUGGAGCGCCCCCUGCUGAUCCACGACACCAAGUUCGACCUGCGCCAGUGGUUCCUGGUCACUGACUGGAACCCCCUGACGAUCUGGUUCUACAAGGAGUGCUACCUGCGCUUCUCCACCCAGCCCUACUCCGUGGACAACCUGGACAGCUCUGUCCACCUCUGCAACAACUCCAUCCAGAAGCACCUGCUGCCCUCCGCGCGGCGGCACCCCGACAUCCCCCUGGACAACAUGUGGUCGGGCGAGCAGUUCCGCGCGUUCCUGCGGGCGCGGGGGCGGGCGGGGCAGUGGGCGGCGGUGGUGGAGCCGGGGAUGAAGUGGGCGGUGAUCCACGCGCUGCAGACGACGCAGGACCUGGUGGAGUCGCGGCGCAGCAGCUUCGAGCUGUACGGGGCCGACUUCAUGCUGGGCCCCGACCUGCGGCCCUGGCUGAUCGAGAUCAACGCCAGCCCCACCAUGGCAGCCUCCACGCCCGUCACCAGCCGGCUCUGCGCCGCCGUGCAGGAGGACACCAUCCGCGUCGUCAUCGACCGCCGCGCCGACAAGACCUGCGACCCCGGCGGCUUCGAGCUCAUCUACAAGCAGGCGGCAGUGGAGGUGCCCCCGUAUGUGGGGGUCAACCUGCUGGUGGAGGGGGCUCCCCUCAGACGGCCUCGGCCCCCUGCCCAGAGAAACCCCGCCUGCACCGGCCCGCGUCCUGCUUCGCCCCCCUGUGGGGACCAGUUGGGCCAGGGGGUGCCUGGGGGCCCCAACGCAGCUCAGGGGAGAAUCCCACAGCCCCUGACCGCGGGCAAGCAGCCGGGCCCCGGCGACGCCCGGGCGCGGAGGAGGCUCGUCGGCAAGGAGAACCAGCGCGGCAGCCCGGACGGAGACAAGAGCAAGGCCCGAGUGGGCCCGGCGGGCGAGCGUGGCAGACCGGGCCCCGCGGUGCUGAGGCAGUACACCUUCACCCUGCGGGCCCACAGAGCCCAGCCCGCCGCUCACCGGGGCCCCAGGACGCUCGACCCGGCAGGCCUCAGGAAGCAGAUCAUGGCGGCAUCUGGCUUGGUGGGGUCAGCGGGUGGAGCCGGCUGA